AUGCGAUCCCUCCUGAAUGCUGUCCGGCAUGGGUCCCUGAGUGAUGUUAUAGAAUUGCUUGACGAGGGAGCGGAUGUGGAGGAGAAAGAUUCCGACGGAAAUAGGCCGCUGAUGACUGCGGCAAGCCGCGGGAUGAAGGGUAUGGUUGACUUGUUGAUUGAGAACGGUGCCAGGAUUAACGUCUCGAACCAUAAUCACGCGACUGCGUUCUAUUUGGCCGUUAGAAGAGAUUUCAAACAGGUGGCAAUUCGGUUAGCGGCUGAAGGGGCCGCUGUUGAUACGCGAACCGGAAAUGGCGUCAGCGCCCUUCACUGGGCGGCCUACAACAACUCUCUGGAUCUGAUUAGGCUGAUCCUGGAAAACGGGGGAAGACCAUCAAUACCCAAGCGAGACAACCAGGGAAACACAGCGUUGCAUUAUGCAGCUCAGUCAAAUGGAAUUGCUGCCAUUCGGUUGUUGCAAGGGCACGGCGCAUCCAAGAUUGCAAAGAAUAAUAAAAACCGUACUGCAUAUGACGAAGCAAAUAUGCGUGGGUAUACGAAUGCAGCAGCCCUUCUUGCGUAG